CUCCUUGCCGGCGGCGGCGGCGGCGGCAGCGGCGGCGGCGGUGGAGGAAGUUUCCGCUUUGCCUCCACCCCGGUAGCAGCUUGGCGGCCGGGGACAGCUUCCUCCGGACGCUCUGCGGGAUCUGCUGCCGCCGCACGUCUGCCACAGAACCAUGGGGUUGCCGAAGGGGCCGGAGGGCCGGGGUCUUCCGGAGGUAGAAACAAGGGAAGAUGAAGAACAGAAUGUGAAGCUGACUGAAAUUCUGGAGCUUUUGGUUGCAGCUGGGUAUUUCCGGGCAAGAAUUAAAGGCUUGUCCCCUUUUGACAAGGUAGUAGGAGGAAUGACUUGGUGCAUCACCACUUGCAACUUUGACAUAGACGUUGAUCUGCUCUUUCAGGAAAACUCUACAAUAGGUCAGAAAAUAGCACUAUCGGAAAAAAUUGUCUCGGUCCUGCCAAGGAUGAAGUGUCCGCACCAGCUAGAGCCCCACCAGAUCCAGGGCAUGGAUUUUAUUCACAUAUUUCCUGUCGUUCAGUGGCUGGUGAAGCGAGCUAUAGAAACAAAGGAAGAGAUGGGUGAUUACAUCCGCUCCUACUCCGUUUCCCAGUUCCAGAAAACCUACAGCCUUCCUGAGGAUGACGACUUUGUAAAGAGAAAAGAAAAGGCCAUCAAGACAGUUGUUGACCUUUCAGAUGUUUACAAGCCCCGUCGGAAAUACAAACGCCAGCAGGGAGCAGAAGAGCUGCUGGACGAAGAAUCUCGAGUCCACGCUACGCUUUUGGAAUACGGCAGGAGAUACGGAUUUAGCCGCCAGAGCAAAACAGAGAAGGCUGAGGACAAGAAAACCACACUCCCUGCAGGGCUCUCAGCUGCAGAAAGAGCUGAGGCUCACGAAGAAGAUGAGCUCCAAGCUGCCGAGGAGCAGCGUAUUCAGUCACUGAUGACCAAGAUGACCGCCAUGGGGAAUGAGGAGAGCCGUCUCACCGCGAGCUCCGUGGGCCAGAUCGUGGGACUCUGCUCCGCCGAGAUCAAGCAGAUUGUGUCCGAGUACGCGGAGAAGCAGUCUGAGUUGUCAGCUGAAGAAAGUCCAGAAAAAUUAGGCACCUCCCAACUCCAUCGUCGGAAAGUCAUCUCCUUGAACAAGCAGAUUCUGCAGAAGACCAAACAUCUGGAAGAGCUGCAGGCAAGUCACAGCAGCCUACAAGCCAGAUAUGAGGAGACCAAGAACACUCUGACGAAGUUGAAGAGCUACAGUGAGAAACUGGACAGAGAGCAAGCAGCCCUGGAGAAGUUAGAGUCCAAAGCCGACCCAAAUAUCCUGCAGAACCUGAGAGCACUUGUAGCCAUGAAUGAAAACCUGAAAAGUCAGGAACAGGAGUUUAAAGCACAUUGUCGAGAGGAGAUGACCCGGCUGCAGCAGGAAAUUGAGAACCUGAAAGCCGAGAGAGCACCGGCUGGGGACGAAAAGGUGCUGUCUGCUGGAGAGCCACAUGGUGCCCUCAGCCCUGCGAUGACUCAUAAUGAGGACCUAGACAGACGGUAUAAUAUGGAGAAAGAGAAACUUUACAAGAUCCGCUUACUACAGGCUCGAAGAAAUCGAGAAAUAGCCAUUUUGCACCGCAAGAUUGAUGAAGUACCCAGCCGAGCUGAGCUGAUACAGUAUCAGAAGCGAUUUAUCGAACUCUACCGCCAGAUUUCGGCCGUGCACAAGGAAACCAAGCAGUUCUUCACUUUAUAUAACACCCUGGAUGAUAAAAAGGUUUAUUUGGAAAAAGAGAUUAGCCUGCUGAACUCAAUUCAUGAGAACUUCUCCCAAGCCAUGGCCUCCCCUACUACCCGGGACCAGUUUUUACGUCAGAUGGAACAGAUUGUAGAAGGAAUUAAGCAAAGUAGAAUGAAGAUGGAAAAGAAGAAGCAAGAGAACAAAAUGAGAAGAGACCAGUUGAAUGACCAGUACUUGGAACUGUUAGAAAAACAGAGGCUAUACUUCAAGACUGUGAAAGAGUUCAAGGAGGAGGGCCGCAAGAAUGAGGUGCUGCUGUCCAAGGAUGGUGAAACGGUUCUGAACACUACAGUAGAGAGAUGCAGGUGUAGCCGCCUCAGCACCCGGGGGUUUCCUGCCUCCCAUUUGCUUCCAUUUCGUCUCUCUGUUGUCGAUGGAAUCAGACAGUGUGACCCUGAUGGCUUGGAUCGUGCCCGUCGUCCUAUGAAGAGACGUGGGUAGUUUUGUUCUGUGUCCCUUCAACUUUUAUUUCUCCAGUAACAUUGCACAUAUGAAGGUACCUGUAUUUGUACGGACUCCCUGAAUAAAAAGGAAUUCAUUUGUUCAGCAAAUAUUAAUUGAGCAAGCAGUGAGAAGUAAGCCCAGAGGGAAACGGAGUAUAAAACACAGGCCCUGCAGCUCAGGCACGUGGAGCAGUAGUAGCCCACUUGGCCCCAGAGCUUGGGCGCCUGAGGUUUUUGUUUUGUUUUGUUUUUAGUAAACUAAGGCUUUUAGCUGAAUGACCAGCCCGUGUGAGUGCUGGGCUUGAAGGCCCUUCACUUACCUUGUGCCUUUUGUUUCUGGCUCUCCCGGAUGCCAGCCGCCAGUCCUGACGGUGUGGUGCGAGGAGAGCUCAGUGGCCGCCGUUGGUUCGGUUCUCACGCGGCACUCGAGUUUACUUCACCAAAAAUUGAGAACAGGGGCCUCAUAUUGAGGAUGCCUACAUAAGAACAACACCUUAUCAUACCCUACUUCUCUUUCGAGUCCUGGCCAGAUGGGGCUAGUCUUGUGCACCCUCCUCAUGAGGAGCACAUGACCCUGGACAGGUCAUGGGCUCAGCGCAGAGACAAGCCGCAGACACACAGUUCCCUGCGGCCCAGGGCAGCACGUGCAAGACCCCAGAGGGCACUAGAUGAGGAAGAGCAGUGAGUGUGCAGAGGUCCAGGAGACUCCAUGGAGGAAGCAGGACGUGGGCUAGGAAGGAACGGAGAGUUGCACAUUAACUGGUAGACAAAGGUAGGGGAGCCAAUUUGGAUCAAGUAGGACUGUAAUUAGAAACACGAGCGGGUGCAGGGAGAGCCCACGGGUGUUUGUUGGGUAAGGAGGGGCUGGGCCUGUCUCUGCAGGAAAGGCAGGCUGGGACCAGCGUUUGGGGGACCUUGAAAGAAGGCUGAGCUGUGGACUUGACCCUCUGAAAACGAGCUCCUCCUGCCCCGGCCGCCAGGCGCCUGGCAGCCCCGCCAUGUUCAGUUGACAGGGUGCGGUGUGUGCUUCCUUCGGCCUAAACCUUGCACACGUGCUAGGCAGCAGGUUUGGACCGGCAGACGAAGAGCUCACGUGUGUCCAUAGACAGGGCACUCGGUGCAUUCACAGGAACGCCAUGUUCAGUGUUAAUUCCCUAAUGUGUGGUGUGGACAGACUUAAAACCUCUCACGCCGGAUUAGCAGGGACCGUUGGUUUCCGCGCCGAGGCCUCGAGGCCUGUGGGGUGCAGACAGCCGCUCCUGGAGCUGAGCCAGGAGCAGUGGGAUGCAAGCAGGCGCUGCCGUGCACCAGGGGUGCUCUCUUUGGGCCCCACCCAUCGCCCUCCGGCUGCUCCCUCAGUCUCAGCCAUCCGCAGACUGAUUUUUGCGAGGGCUCUGUGAAGCUGAAGCAAGUGACACAGUGAGAAAGCAGGUGGCUCUCUGAGGACAGAGGAGAGAGAGCAGUUCGCACAUGUUUCAGGUUCAGGGAAACAUCUGUGUUUUCUUGUUGAGAAGCUUGUAGACCCAUCGCUGACAACGUUUUGAUCAGUUAUGAGAUGAUUUGUGCAAAGGUGGCAAGGAGGAGGAGUGGGUUAUAAUCUGGGGCCCCGUCGCCCGCCUCCCUGCUGUCGGAGAACGUGUGGCAUGACCAAUCCAAAGCAACUAAUAAAUAACCCUUGUUAAAAGUGAGGGCAUGUAUUGGGCUGUGCUUCCAAAGAGUUUCAUCUGAUUUGGUGUUGGUAUAGGGAGGUGUCAGAAUAUCUCUUUUCCCCCCUUUAAAUUCUACAAGACCAAAUACAGGCUGGUUCCUAUCCCCUGGACACGUCAUGGGUUAGACCCCAGGAGCCAGUCUUGAGAACUCCGUGUUUGCCUGAGGUGGCACACAAAAUGACACUGUCUUUGUGAGUAACUAGGACACUUAAGUGUGCCUUACAGGCAGGCCUUAUAAGCUCAAGUGAUGCCCCCUUCAUUUCAGAAGUCACUCAGGAGAGUUCCUCCUAGGACAUCUUGUGUGCCCAGGGUACGGCUGGGUAUUCGGCUAACUCCACAGACUAUUCUGAAGUUUAAAAAGAAGAAGAAGAAGAAGGAGCAGGGAUGCAUCCUUAAGUUACAUUUAUGAAAUGAGGAAUGAGGUUUCCCCAGGAAGCAUUUAGUUGUCCCUGUUCAGCCAGAGAAGUGAGCUUGCUAACCCGGCAGCCUACCCGGGGCUGGCCGCCCAGUGCCCUGGCUUUCUCCACCAGCCUCUGGGUCGGGGGCGUCUCUCCCCCACAUGCCCUCAUGGAGUGCAUGGGGCUGCCUCGGUUUAACCCCAAACCAGAGCUGCUGAGCAGUAUGCACUAGAGGACCACAACGCAUCUGUGACGCAUCUGGCAGACAUUGCUCUUAUCCUUGGCCUAGAUUCCGUCUCUGGGGUCAGCUAACUACACUUAGCGGGAGGUGCCCAAGGUUAGAGGAUGCUGCCAAAAUCCCACAGCAGGGUCUGUUUCCUUUUUCAACAGAGAGGGCAAAUUUUAAGUUUCUCAGGGCUAAGUUCUUAAUAGUGUCUGAUGUGUGGUCGUAACUGGGUUCUGGUCCAUGGCCCGUAUCCUGUGGGUAGCCAGGUCCUGCCAGUGUCUCCUGAGUCUGGCCGCAGGCCGGAAGGCAGAGGGGCAGGUACAAAGAGCAGGCCCUUCUCAGGCCGAGGAAGCUCUCAGGACCUCCUGAAAAGCAGGAGCAGGGGAUGGGGAAGGCCUCGGGCAGCCCUCUACUACCUCACAAAGCACAAAGUGACCUCAGGCUGAGCAUUGAAUGCCCCGAUCACAUCUGUGGUGACCAGAGCAGACCUGCCAGAAAAGGCACUCUGGACAACAAGCAGUGGCCCAUAAACCUCUGCUGCUUCGACUCCCAUCAUUUGGACGUGGCCUUGCCUGCCCCUCUAUGCGGCCUCCUGGCCAUCAGCGUACCAGGGAGGGAGACAUUCUAGCAACAAGCUUUCAUUGGCACUUUCACGGAGCCUGAGAGGCAGAGAGGUGGCUUGAAUAUGCUUUGAGGAGGAACCUUAAGGAAGCACUUGGUGAUGUACUUGUGGCUGGUGCUGGAUUCGAGGCACGGCAGUACGGAAGAGCCCAGCACGGUGAGGUGCCCACCGUCUGUCUGCGUGGCUGGGCAUGGGUCGGGGGUGCCCUGUGUGAGACGUCUCCAGAGCCCCCCGAGCCUUGUCUUAGUCCUUCCCCCCAAGUCCAGAGCAUUUCUUCUCAAACACGUGGCAGCAGGCCAAAAACACGAUGUAAAAAAUCAUGUCAUCAUGGUCCCCACUCUUCUCAUGAGAAAUGUACAGAAGUGUUGGGGGGAACUGGUCCGUGGCCUGUUUGAUGGUGUGGGGAAUGCUCUGGGUUUUCCACGUCAGCCUUACGUCAGUUCCUCACAGGCGCCGAGCCCAUACCUGCACGGGGCCGUCGUCCUUGCUGUUACCUCUGCCUGGACCGCCAUCCACCUGAGGUCGCGGGCAGUGGCCUUGCCUGAGAGCCAGUCCUCUGCAGACCCACUCAGCGUGGGCCUGCGGCCCUGACCCCACUCUGCCCCUUCCUCUGCCAGCUGCCUUUCUGGCACUGUCUGAUCGCUUAGUCCUUUGCCAAGCCUGUUGCCUGCCCACGCCACCCGCCCAGAGUAGAAGAGCAAUGGAAACAGACCUUGCAGUCUUGCCGGAACCUGGCUCCGUGAAGGGCCAGGAAAUCCUAGUCGGAUAAAAUAGCUUCUCUGAAUUGCAUCUUUGCAUCCCUGUAUUAGCAGAGUUCAGACUGGAAGGUUCACCUGAUUUAUGCUAGUUUGAAUACAGGGAGACCAUUUUAUUCAGCAGCUUGAGAGGAUCUCUCUCAGAGUGUUUGUCCUCAUCAAGCCUCGAAGCCUGGGAUGACAGGGGGGUCAGAGGUUUCAAACCUGUCCAAGGAAUUGCCUUUCACAUGGGGAAAACCCAUACGGCGGGGGCCUGGGGAGGAGGGGAUAAAGGGAACAUAGUGAUUUGAGAGAAAAAAUCAGAUCAUACGUAGGCUUGUCUCACGGUAUGUCAUGAACCUAAAGUAACUUGACUGAAGUGACUCAGCUGCGGGAAGCCACAAAGUGGGGCGUGGCGCCGGGAUGCUGUGUUGGCAGAAGCAGGAGCCGCACAGUGUCUGGGGAGGGCAGCUGACGAGAUCUAUGGCAGGUGCAGGUGCAGGUGCACACACUCUUUGAGCCAGCAGUGCUGCGUUCAGGAAUGUUUCCUGGUACAAGGGUUUUGACUGCAGCAUUGUUUGUAAUGGCAAAAAGUUGGAAGCAACUACUACCAUAGGGCAAUGGUUAAAUCAAGUGUGGUGAAUCCACACAGUGGGGCAUUCGGUUUAUAGGAACCGAGUUGCUCUCUGUGUACUGCUGUGGCAUGAUCCCUAAGGUGUACGGCCAGGUGGGGGAGAGAGGCUCUUGGUGUACUAGUGUUUGUUUUUAAAAAGAGGAGGAUGGAGAAAAACGUGUGUCGAUAGGUGUGUACAUGUGCACGCACACAUGUAUCACGCGUACCUGCUCGCCUGCGCCUCGAGUGUCUCUGGGAGGGUGCACAGGGACCUGUGAGCCUUGCUUGCCUCUGAGGAGAGGGGUGGGGAUUACUUGUCACUGUAUACCUUUUGUACCUUUUGAAUUUUAUACCAUGUACAUGUAUUAUCUAUUCAAAAAAUAAAGUUUUUAAAUUUUAA